AUGCCAGGGAUCACACUAGGAGACACGGUGCCAAACCUAGAGGUGGAGACGACACACAAGAACUUCAAGCUCCAUGACUACUUCGCCGAUUCUUGGACCGUCUUCUUCUCUCACCCUGGGGAUUUCACACCUGUAUGCACAACCGAGCUUGGUGCGAUGGGAAAAUACGCUCAUGAGUUCGAGCAGAGAGGUGUGAAGCUCCUUGAUGAACCGGUUGUUAUCUCACCAGCUGUGUCAGACGAAGAGGCUAAGAAGUUGUUUCCUCAGGGUUUCAAGACUGCCGAACUUCCGUCCAAGAAAGGCUACCUACGUGUCGCCGAUGUCUCUUGA